UCAAAGGCGGGUAUUUAGCGCACAAGUCAAUUGAAAUCGCAGUGUGUCGACGAGUUUUGAUGUUUGGUUGAUAGAUCUUAAGUUUUCAGUCAUUUUUCCUGCAUAUUAUCAAAGCUACCUAAUCAGAAAUGUCAUCAGGCGAAGGGCAGACUACUGGUAAUUCGAAUCUGCAGAAGCAGGAUCUAUCACAAUUGGAUAUCACGAAGUUGACACCGCUCUCGCCCGAGGUAAUUUCCCGCCAGGCCACCAUAAACAUCGGCACCAUCGGGCAUGUAGCGCACGGAAAAUCCACAGUGGUCAAGGCGAUUUCGGGCGUCCAAACUGUCCGUUUCAAGAACGAGCUGGAAAGGAAUAUCACCAUCAAACUAGGUUACGCCAAUGCAAAAAUCUAUAAAUGUGACAAUCCUAAAUGCCCUCGGCCAGCAAGUUUCACAUCAGGCGGAUCGAGCAAAGACGACAGUUUCCCCUGCACUCGUCCAUCAUGUUCGGGAAGAUUCCAGUUAGUAAGACAUGUGAGUUUUGUUGAUUGUCCUGGUCACGACAUUCUUAUGGCCACCAUGUUGAACGGAGCCGCUGUUAUGGACGCCGCACUUUUAUUGAUUGCCGGUAACGAGUCGUGUCCACAACCACAAACAUCGGAACAUUUAGCUGCAAUUGAAAUUAUGAAACUUAAGCAUAUUGUUAUCUUGCAAAAUAAGAUUGAUUUAGUCAAAGAGAGUCAAGCAAAGGAACAAUACGAUCAAAUUGUGAAAUUCGUUCAAGGCACGGUAGCUGAAGGUGCACCAAUUAUACCGAUUUCCGCUCAGCUUAAAUAUAAUAUCGAGGUUCUGUGUGAAUACGUUACGAAAAAGAUCCCAAUUCCACAAAGGAAUUUCACGUCAGCACCCCGCCUCAUUGUAAUUCGGUCAUUCGAUGUGAACAAACCUGGUUGCGAGGUGAAUGAUCUAAAGGGUGGGGUUGCUGGCGGUUCCAUUCUUUGUGGUGUGCUCAGGGUCGGCCAGGAGAUCGAAGUGCGGCCUGGUGUCGUCACUAAGGAUACAGAAGGAAAGGUCGCUUGUCGUCCAAUCUUCUCAAAGAUUGUAUCGCUCUAUGCUGAACAAAACGAAUUGCAAUUUGCUGUUCCCGGUGGUUUGAUUGGUGUCGGAACGAAAAUUGAUCCAACCCUCUGCAGGGCAGAUCGUUUGGUGGGUCAAGUAUUGGGUGCUGUCGGCGCAUUGCCUGAAAUCUAUGUAGAAUUGGAAAUUUCAUACUAUUUAUUGAAACGUCUUCUUGGUGUACGUACUGAAGGUGAUAAGAAGGCCGCUCGUGUUCAGAAGUUGUCGAAGAAUGAAAUUUUAUUGGUCAAUAUUGGUUCGUUGAGUACUGGCGGUCGUGUUAUUGCAACAAAGGCUGAUUUGGCGAAAAUAGCUCUGACUACUCCAGUGUGUACCGAAGUUGGGGAGAAGAUUGCACUGAGUCGGCGUGUGGAGAAGCAUUGGCGAUUGAUUGGAUGGGGACAAAUUCGUGGCGGUGUAACAAUACAACCUAUAAAAUCCGAUAAGUAAACAACAUUUAAUUGAAGCAUGUUCAUUCGAAAACUGUUUUAUAUUCAAAGAGAAAUUGAAAUAAUCAUAGAAAUUUUCUUGUGUCAACUGACAAUUUUUACAAGAAUGUUUGUAAAAAAAGCUUCAGUAAAUAAAUAUAUAUUGAAAGCCUUGUUAAGCAAGUCUCCAAUUU